GCGGCAACAUUUGUGUUGAUGGUCGCUUACCGUAAGGAUGUGUUUCGGCAAGCGCGCUCCUGUCCAUCCGUUAGCAGUGUCGUGAAGAAGGAUUUCUUGCCGAUGGUUUGAGUAGCCAGUGAGCGGUGCACGGUGAAGCUGAAGCUUGUGUGCCCGGUUGUCAGUGAAUCGGAAACUUGGAUGGUUGGAAAAGUGGAACCGAUAACUAAAAUUAAAUUUUUAGUACCAGACAACGGUCUUUAUUAAGCUUAAAAUUAAACCGUUUCUUCCGGCAAACUAGACAGCAAUCUGCGUAUCAUAAUAAACAUCCACUACAUUAACAGUGAAUUAUUAAGUGAAGCAGUCGAAUGCUUUGUUGCCUGAGUGAAUCAAAUAAACGUGUGCGUGUGUGUGUAGAAAGCAACAACAAAAACAAACAGGCAGUUAAUAUCAAAACAACAUACUCGAAAGGUGCUACUAAAUACUUAUCAACACCCCCCACUCCGUUCACCAAAGGCUUUCGUGCGACCAAAUUGCCAUCAUCGCCAAGUAGAGAAUAAUCAAUUGUGCACGCUACAUCAAAACUACAAGUCGGCAAUGAAUGAACCUGACAUAUCGUGGGUUUGAGCAUGAUCAAGUGAAUCAUUACGUUGCGGGAUAAAGUCAUCAACCGGCUAUUAUCAGGAAUGCACAGCACUGAAAAUGUUGCUGUGGAAUCAAUCAACGACCACACAAUCAAUGUACAGCCGAAUCGGACACUUCAUUCCGGCAGCGUGUCAGCAACAACCAUGGGACACACGACAGUUACACCUACCGCACCGGCCACCACCAUCCAAUCGUCGGUCUCGUCCACUCCGAACCUGGUCGCGGCGACCGGUUUAGCCAAGGACUGUGCCGGCUGCGGGAAGCGUAUCACCGAGCGCUUUCUAUUGAAAGCACUCGAUAUCUUCUGGCACGAGGAUUGCCUCAAGUGCGGGUGCUGUGAUUGCCGGCUGGGCGAGGUCGGCUCAACAUUGUAUACUAAAGCGAAUCUAAUUCUAUGUAAGCGAGACUAUCUUAGACUAUUCGGGACGACCGGCUACUGUGCCGCCUGCAACAAGGUGAUACCGGCCUUCGAGAUGGUAAUGCGCGCCAAAAACAAUGUCUAUCAUCUGGAGUGCUUCGCCUGCCAACAGUGCAAUCAUAGAUUCUGUGUUGGCGAUCGUUUCUAUUUAUGUGAUAAUAAAAUCCUAUGCGAGUACGACUACGAAGAGCGGUUGGUGUUUGCCAGCAUGGCCUGCAAUCCUUCUAGCUUGGCGCAUAUUCGGAGGCAAGUUAGUAAUUUACAGCCCGCUGGAGAAAAUCACCACGCGAGUGCCGGACGUUUGCCACCAGCCAGCACUAAUCGAUCUCAAUACGUAGCAGAAAAAGUUGGACUGUCCCAACAGCAGCAACAUCAACAUCUCCAUCACCAGCAGCAGCAGCAGCAGCAGCAACAAUCAGUCUCUGCAGCAGCAUCGGUAGCGACGACUUCGGCGGCCACGAUAAUAGGUUCGGCUGCAUGCGAGACACAUCCAUCAUGCACGCCAGCAACAUCGUCCCCUCAGCAGCAGCAGCAGCAGCAACAUCAGUCCGGCGUUAGCAAUCUGCAUCUGCAGCAUUCCACUCAACAGCAGCAGCAGCAGCAGCAACCGCAACAGCAGCACCAUCAUCAUCCGAGCAACCCCGGUCCGCAUCGAGACGAUGGGUCCAGCGGCUACGGCAGUCCCGAUUCGGAAACCUUCGAAAUGCCAAACAACCAAUGACGUUUGAUGUCGUGAAUCACGAAAAUGUGCUGAUGUGUGACAGCAACGUGCGGUCCGGUUUGGAUAUCGUUCCGUCGGAAUACUUCAUAAUGAGUCGAACGGCAAACUCCUGUAUACUUAUCCAUUUCUAGUCAAAUCGGCCAAACCAGUGGAAAUAAUUUUUUACCAAGCUAGUACAAUAAUCGUUAAGAAAGCAAAAGCAACACAUCUAUUUGGAAGGAUGUCAAGCUAAAGCUAAUCUCAAAAUGGAUUGCUUUUAAGUUCUCAAAAUCCGUUUCGAAUAAAGCGUAAUAUAAACCAAUAGCUAUCGCCUUAUCACCCAAAUCAACAUCAUCCCACAACAACUUAAACGCAAACCGCGAUGGGGCAAAUAGUUGAACAUUCCGAUAGCAUACGAUCGAUAUCAAAAGCUUCAAGUGAUCGUCACAUAUAAGCUUUCUCCCGGAAUAAACCUAAAUCUCGGUCUUCCAUAGACUGCUCUGCAUUUUUCGAACACAGCGCAUUGCUUUCUUGUCGGUCCGAUUCCACAGCAACAAUGCCAUGAAGUGUUUUGCUCGCUGGUUGCGGAUUUUGUUUGAACAUUAGUUUGAUUAUUUAUCCUUUGUUUUCUUUUACACUUAUAAGAUACAAAUAGACGAAACGGUAAAAAGUGCCUGAAAGCGAAAUCUGGCAUCUUGAAACGGAACUGUUUGCCUUGCCAAAGAUUGGACUGGACAGUCAAGUUGAAGGUAGUAUCAGGCAUAUAUCAGCAUAUCAGACACGUGAUCACUUGAUCAAAACGCGGACGAGCAUAAAUUUAUGUGCUUCAAGGAAGUAAUUUUCAUCAUUAAUCCAUAUCUAUAGUUUGUUGUAGCACUAGACCAGAUCAACGUAAGGACUUUACGUUAACUUGGCUUAACGAAUGAAUAUUAUUGAAUCAGGAGGGCCGCUCUGAAUUUGAAAAGAAGCUGAUGCUUUCUAGGAUCAGAGAGAUAUUUUAAAGGGUCCAACCACGAGUGUCCUAUAACUCGGCGUUAACUGAAUUUUCUGGAGGUUGGGCAACUGGGAAUAUCUCAAAAACCCUGCGUCCUACUAACACCAUAAUUCUGUGCACUCGUUUACUUUGCAUGUAGAUAUCGAGUUACUGUUCCAGCCAGUCGGAAAUAUCUUCCCAAUCUUCUGACAUAACUUUCAAGGCCUAGUACUACCCUUGUAAAAACACAUCAAAAGAGAUGAGUAUUUCAGAAAUGAUAAGACGUGAUUGGGCUUGGCAAGCGAUAAAAACUUACAUUAAAAUAUUUACAGAAAUUUUAAAUCAUCUAGAUGUUCUGUUUGGCUUGCACAAUCAGAGACGUCCUGCAUUUUUUAUCCAUUCAAGUGAGUCAGAGAGAUAAAAAUCAUGAUGUUGUAGUUCAGUCCUAGACUAAGAAAUCCAACCACAAAGUCCAGCAAUUGUUCGAAUUCAAGGCGUCCGAAUUUCUGUUUAAGGCACUGUACCAUGCUUAAGAAUAAUUUCGGUUUCGUUAGCUCCACUUAACUUAUCAAUUAACAAUUAACAGAUGUUAACUUUCUCUCUUCACUGUGCUCAUAUUUUUGCACGUACCACAUAUCUCGAUCAUAUUGUGCAUUUAUUUUGUGUAAAAAAAUGUAAAAACCGUUAACUCACUGACCCAAAUACGGCGCUAAUGAUAGGUGUUGCUGUGCCACUAGUAGCAACCACAGCGACAGUAUGAAUUUGUUUCACACAACCAAAACAGAAAACCGCAGCUAGCUUUGCAGGAAGAUCCGUUCGGGAAAGCUUACACACGUUUAGUAAAUGAAAUGACCAGAACGCGUGUACAGUUGGUUCGCUUUAGCCGUAACUUUAAAAUAAUACAGCGAGAGAAGAAACAGUGGCCGACUGCAGCACCAACAUACCGUUGCAUAUGUGCGACAGUACAUAAGCCGUACUACUACCCGAUGCACUGUGUACUAAGGGGACGCAAGGGCAGCGUAGAGCGGAAAGCUCCAAACUAGACAGCUGUAGCACAAUAUAGCUAUAAUAAGGAUGGAAGGAAACUUUUUUGUUUGGAAAUAAAUCGAAAAGAAUGUACUACCUAAGAUGUAGUGCUCGGAUGUAAAAAAAAACAAGCCAAACACACAAACACAAUAUGAGGACAUAAAAUUGAACCUGAGACAUAAAAAUUAACAAUAAUUCGCACACCUAACGUAACGGAAUCCAAUGUAAAUACAUCGUUUCGAUUUCACUGAUCAAUACGAAAUAAAAGUAACAAUAAAAUUGUCAUCUAUGAAUGAAA